GUCUUCCCCUACCUAUCCGUUAGCUAUAUACAUCAUAAAUCUCCAACUUCGAUCAACUCUACUCUUCCUCCAUCAUGCCAGACAACACCUGGUUCAACCCCUAUAAACUCUGGUCCUUGAAAUGUCUCAGCUCUGGCCCUUCGCAAGGAAUAGUAUUCGAACUCGACGACCAAUGCGUGAUCAAAGUCCCCUUCCAAUACCCUGUAGGUGAGGGUUCCACAAAAGAAGACCAGAUUGAUCACCUCAUCAUGUCACUCCGGAGUUUCCAAUGUUUCAAGCAAGAAUCUCGAAUCUAUGACCUAUUACUAUCCAAUCACAACCACAACCACAAUCACAGUCACAGUCACAGUCACAGUUCACCCCAUCCCAAUAUACUGACUAGGUUCAAGUGCAAGCAGGUAGAUUGUCUUGUUCUCGAGAAAAUCCAACCCGUGCGAGAAGCUUGGAAGACAUCAACGGACCGUGUUCGCGCCAUGUGGAUGAUGGAAUUACUCAACGUUGUUUGUUUCUUGGAAGAUUUGGGUUAUCUUCAUGGAGAUAUGACGAUUGUGAAUAUUGGGAUCGACAAGGAUAAUCAUCUCAAACUGUUUGAUUUUGGUUCUGCGGUGCAUUGUCAAGACGAGGAAUAUCAGUACCAGAUUCGAGACGAUCAGUUCACUCUUGCGACAUGUAUCUACUUUCUCGCCACGGGAAAGGAUCCGUUUGAACAGGCCGAUACAACUGCCAGUGUCAAGUCGAUUCGGAAAAGCCUCCAGCAGGGGACUUUUGAUCUUGCACCAGCAGCAAAGAAAUUUCAGCACGUUCUUCAAGGUUGUUGGUCGCAGAAGGAGUCAUGGUCUUUCAAGGAGCUCAAAACCAUGGUCUCGGAUAUAUUGGGAGAACAGAUGGAAGUCUAUCCAACACCAACACCAACACCGCCAUUUCCAGCUACCACCAAUCAGUUAUCUGGAUCUUCGGUGUCGACUUCGGUGUCGUUGGAAGAGUUCCCAAGGGAAGAAGCCUGGCUGAAUGAGGAACAAUAUCGCAAUGCUUGGACCAAACUUGGUUUUGACUGCAGCCUGUACGAAUAAAAAGUCCAAA